AUGCUUUUUUCUCUUGCGUUAUCUACGCUGGCCGCAACAGGUCUCUGCGUUGAUGGUGUGAUCCGCGUCGACGUAUCUAAGGUUGCAGUUGACAAGACCGAGCUCCACGAAUUGAGGGCUCGUGGUGGAGCCACUGAUUUGACAGAUGUUUUAGCCAACCAGAGAUACUUUUAUACGGCGAAUGUUGAGAUUGGUAGCCCUGCCCAGCAAAUUUCAUUGCUUUUAGACACAGGCUCAUCUGACACAUGGGUUUUCGGACCCCAGACCUCGGGAUCAAGGGCCAAGACGACUCGCUUUGAUUCUUCUGCCUCUAAGACGUAUAAGAGUAAUAAUACUCAAUGGAGCAUCCAGUAUGGUAUUGGCAAAGCAUCAGGUACUUGGGGCACAGAUUCACUCAAGAUUGGUGGCGCACAAGUCCAAAGCCUUUCCAUUGGUGUAGCAACCAAAGUGAGCCAAAUCAACCAGGGUAUUGUUGGUAUUGGCCGUCCUGACGCUGAGGCAACCGUCAAGAAUGGUUUCAUGUACCAGAACCUGCCUUUGCGCCUCCAAGCUGAGGGCCUGAUCAAGAAGGCCGCAUACUCUCUUUACAUGAAUGAUCUCAACUCCAAAGACGGCACGAUUCUAUUUGGCGGUGUUGACCACUCUCGAUACGUUGGGGGCCUUGCUGUGCUCCCCAUCACGCACCCUCAUCACUUGGGUGUUACUCUUCAAGGCAUGAAAUGUGUUGGUAGCCGUAGCAAGGAUCAGUUGCUUUCCAAGCCCCAGACUGCAGUUCUGGACUCUGGUACGUCGCUGAGUUACUUUGACUCGGGCACUGUUGGCGCUAUGCAAGUGGCCUUCAACGCUAACCCUUCAUUUGCUAUUGGCAUGAAGUAUUACUGCGACUGCAAUGUUACCAAGAGUCUUGCGUUAGAGUUUGGACCCGUCACCAUUAAUGUUCCCGCAUAUCAGUUCUUGUGGCCGAUAAGUCAGUUCGUGAACCCCAUGUUGGCUACGGUUGUGUUCCCCCAGAACAGCUGCUACUUUGGCAUUGAGUCGAGCAACGACGGCUUUGUUUUAAUGGGCGACAAUCUUUUGCGCUCCAUGUACCUGGUGUAUGAUAUCACCGACAAGCAGAUCGCCAUUGCCCAGGCCGCCCUCGGCAACAACGGAGCCGCCCCUCAGGUCGAAGCGAUUGUCAGUAACAUUAUUCCCGGCACUCACCAAGGCUACUAG